GCCGCCUUCCCUCCCCUGCUCACUCGUAGAGCCUCUCUCUGGCAGGACAGUACGCAGCGUAGCGCAGGGUUUUGACUCCGCAUUGACGAGGAUGUGCUUUUGAGGCUGAUCGCAGUUGUUCGGCACAGUUUCCUCGCACGGUACCACACGCUUUCAACUCUGAGAAUGAAGAAGUGAAUCCUCUGGGAUCGCAGUCAUGGCUGUUCAGGUAUGGUUCGGAGAGAAGUUCGAUGCCCCGUUGCUGAACCCCAGGUGCCCUCGCAGCCCGUUGGCCCAUCGACAUGGCCCCGGCCUCACCGACGUCUUCCAGUACGACCAGUGGCUGGCGGUGCGGCACGAGGCCACCCUGGUGCCCAUGCAGGAGGAUCUGGCCAUCUGGCUCAGCGGCAUGCUGGGCGAGGAGGUGAGAGCAGAGUUCUUCAUGGAGGAGCUGGAUAACGGCGUGAAGCUCUGCCAGCUGAUCGGCGCGCUGCAGGCCAAGAUGGCGGUGAGCUGCCCCUCGGCGCUCGGCACGGUGUUCCCUAAGAGGAAGAUAGCAUGUAAGAGGGACGCCUCUCCAGGUUCCUUCUUCGCUCGCGACAACACCGCUAACUUCCUGGCGUGGUGUCGCCAAGCCGGCGUGGAGGAGACAUACCUGUUUGAGUCCGAAGGCCUCGUGCUUCACAAGGAGCCCCGGCAGGUGUGUCUCUGUCUGCUGCAGAUCGGACGCAUCGUCUCCAAGUACGGCGUGGAGCCUCCUGUGCUGGUGAAGCUGGAGAAGGAGAUCGAGCUGGAGGAGACUCUGCUGAUGACUGAGGAGCCGCCUCCGGCCGUCAAGACCUUCAGCGUCUGCUGCCAGCAUGGUGGUCUCUACCAACCGGGGGAGCACGGCAUGGACGAGCCUUCCUGCAACUGUUCCAACAGAGUGUCCAUCGAGUAUCUGUCCGAGGGCCGCUACAGGCUGGGAGACAAAACCCUCUUCAUACGGAUGCUUCAUGGGAAACAUGUGAUGGUGCGUGUGGGGGGGGGCUGGGACACGCUGCGGGGCUUCCUAAUGAAGUACGACCCCCUGCGCACGCUGCAGUUCACCACCCUGGAGCAGAAGAUCCUGGCCUAUCAGAAAGGCCCCCCCGGCCUGGGAGGACACCACAGCCACGCAGCUCCACCCCCCCCUCCUGACAUGGACCCCCUCGCCGCUGUCAACAACCUCAUCUCCUCGUCCUCCUCCUCUUCUUCCUCCUCCUCUUCCUCCUCCUCAGCCUGUAAGCCGGGCCCCGCUGCGACUCCGUCGUGUCGCUCCUACACCCCCUCCCCCGCCUGCACCCCCACUCUGCCCAGGAGAGGUGCCGCCGCAGCGCCCAAGAAGACCCUGCAGGUGGCCUCUUCCUUCCCCAGGAAGCCCACCCAGUUAGCACUGAGCGGCCCCCCCAAAGCUUCCUCCUCUCUGCCCUCCACGCCGUCCCUCGGCCCGGGCAGUCAGGGGGCCCUGUUCCAUCGCAGACCCCUGACUCCAUCCACGGCCCCUGCAGAGCCACGGCCCGCCCCCAAGCUGAAGAUCAGACCUUCACCACGGAGCACCCCCUCCCAGCCCAGAAGCCCCGUCUGCCCCGAGCCGUCUUCCAAAUGUCCCAAACCCUCCAGCCCCAUCGCUGCAUGUGCUCCUGGCUCCGUCACGGCACCAGUGCGGGCCCCCACCCCAAAAGAUGCCCGGCCCCCAUCGGGCUCCAGCCAGCGCUCUCGCCUUGCUCAGCGGCGUCCCGGAUCCCCCGCCUCGCGCCUCCGACUAGAGGCCGCCAGGAGGGUGCGGAUCGCCGCAAGAAAUGAAACGACAGCAUCUCCCCAAUCCCGGACCCCCCCACUCAGCUCACAGACCACCAAUACUGGCUCCCGGACCCCCAAUCAUGGCUCCCAGACCCCUACCCUGAGCUCACAGACCAGCAAUACUGGCUCCCGGACCCCCAAUCAUGGGUCCCAGACCUCCACCCUGAGCUCACAGACUCCCAAUACUGGUUCCCGGACCCCCAUCCUCAGCUCAAAGGCCCCCGGCUCCCGCGCACCCAACCUCUGCUCACUGACAGCAUCUCCAGUGCUGCCGAAGCCCACCCCCUCCCUGCUGCAGAGCAAAGACGUCACAGCCAAAGCCAAGGGGCCGGCCCCCACAAAGGUGGCUGCUGCCCCCCCACGCAGCACUGCUGCUGUCCCCGGGCGGGUCCCUCCUCCUCCUACGGCAGGUAAAGCCAAUCAGAAAGCAGCAGCCACAGCACCGAGGGUGGGACGCAAGCAAGCGGCCCCACCCAGCGGGAAGUCAGCAGUAAAACCUGACGCUACUGCCCCCCAGAAAAGCAGCGCCAACAUAAAAGCUGUGAGGGCCGAGCCAGGUGUCUGCAGGAAGGCCCCCCCACACAAGGGGAAGGGGGAGGAGCCGUACUUUGAGAUGAUCAGCAGGAGGAGGCCGAGGACGUGAGGACUGAGAGACAAUAAGCAAUUAAUUUUAUGUCUUCAGAUUUAUUUUUGUUUGUUAUUUAAUAGCGUUUUAUUUUGUAUGUUUUAAUCCAAAAGGUGUCGUGCUCUCUACGUCUUUGUGGUGAUUUUAAUGGUCUUUUUUUUUUUUUAAAAGGUCAGCUAACCUGCUUAACAUGAAAACUUGCACAACGUUUACAUUUUCACUUUCGUUACAAAUGAUUUGUGUUUUCUGACUUUUAACAGAACAAAGGGUAGGAAACGCAUAAUCAACACUAACCUCAAAGCUUUAUCAUCCCAACGCACCAGCCCAGGAUACAGCCAUGGUUACGGAAAAGGCACUUUUAUGAACUUUUGCAGGAUGGCAAAGAAUCCUGCUUUUACCAAAGUUGUGUACUUCCUGGAGUUCAGCGACACAACUGGAACACAAAUCAUGUGUGUGAUGAGCUUCCCUCCCCAGUGAGAACAACCUUUCCACUGGCGGAUAGUCAGACAGUGAAGUUUGGUAUGUUUGAAUAAUGAUAUCUUCCUGUUGUGUGCCUUCAACAGAAAUCUCUAGUUUCUGAGCGGCAUUAGAAUGUAUUAGAUGAUCGGGGGGGGUUUAAUGGUUUUUACUGAUAAAAAUUGCACAGUGUACGAGCACUCAUGACUUUGGUUUCCCAGAGUGAACUACUGAUCAAAUGCCUCCUUUUCUUUUUAACAGAAAAAUGCUCUAAAACUCUUAGAGCUAAACCUACGUUUUUAUAUGGUUUCUAAUGUUUGUGUGUAUUACAAAUCUAGUUUUCUAUGUGGUGUAUGUGUGUGUGUGUGUGUGUGUAUAUAUAUUAUCAGUUUGGCACUUUACAGAAACCGCCGUGUUUGUCAGUUUGAAUGUUGAGUCUUUGAUUGUGUCUCUUGUCCCAGCUACCUUUUUGUCAUUUUGAACAAUAAAUGGACAAAUGUUUUAAAGAUUAA